CAGGACGGUGUAGAGGCGAAAGGUAAAUCCAUAGCGGAAACGAAGGCCGACCCCAAAAUUGAGGGAGGGACUCUUCUCUUCUCUUCUCUCGUUCCAUUUCAAUCUAUCUCGUCUUUCCUUCAGAUACCUAGGUACCUUUCCUAUCAGCUCCCCUUCUCUAUCUUUCUCCCUCGUGAUGAUGACGACGAUGACGAUGAUGAGCUAACCAUUUCAUACCCCGUCUCCCUAAAUCGCCACCGAAUCGUUCUCUCUCUCUCUCUCUCUCUUUCUGUUAUCGAAGCCUCUCGACAACUUUAGGGUUUUCUGAUCUCCUUGGGAAUGGAAUCCGAUGAUGAUAUGCAUGAUCACGAGUCUCUUGACUACUACAGCGGUGGUGACUCGGCCGAGUACAGCGACUACGACCACGGCGAUUACCAUUUCAUAGACAAUGACUCCGAUGACUCGGAUGAUAUCGUUGCUAGCAGACAGCAGAAAAACUUUACUGCCCUAGAAGAUGCAGAUAUAAGACAGCGUCAAGAGGAUGAUGUCACAACUGUCUCAACUGUUCUUUCCAUAUCAAGAGUAGCUGCAAGCAUCCUACUUCGUCAUUAUCACUGGAGCGUUACUGAUGUACAUGAGGCAUGGUUUGCUGAUGAAAAUAGAAUCCGCAAUGCUGUGGGCUUAAUGGAAGGGCCAAUUGUGGAGGUCCCAAAUAGUAGAGAAGUAAGUUGUGGGAUCUGUUUUGAGAGCUAUCCCAUGGAUCGAAUCAGUGCAGCUGCUUGUGGUCACCCUUUCUGCCGUACUUGUUGGAAAGCUUAUAUCAAUGUUUCUGUCGAUGGUGGUCCUGGGUGCUUGAUGCUGAGAUGCCCUGAUCCAUCUUGCGGAGCUUCUGUGGGUCAAGACAUGAUCGACUCUAUGGCAUCUAAUGAAGAUAGAGAGAAGUAUGCCCGCUACCUUCUCAGAUCUUAUGUUGAAGAUAGUCGAAAGAUAAAGUGGUGUCCUGCUCCAGGCUGUGAGUACGCGGUAGAAUUCGUUAUUGGUAGUGGAGGCUACGAUGUUACAUGCCUUUGCUCAUAUGGGUUCUGUUGGAAUUGCACAGAAGAAGCUCACCGUCCUGUAGACUGCGGCACUGUUGCCAAGUGGAUUUUAAAAAAUAGUGCUGAGUCGGAAAAUAUGAACUGGAUACUUGCAAAUUCCAAGCCAUGCCCCAAGUGUAAGCGCCCAAUAGAGAAAAACCAAGGUUGUAUGCAUAUGACCUGUACGCCGCCUUGCAAAUUUGAAUUCUGCUGGCUUUGCCUUGGGGUAUGGUCAGAGCAUGGAGAAAGGACAGGCGGUUUCUAUGCAUGUAAUCGUUAUGAAGCAGCAAAACAAGAGGGAGUGUAUGACGAAACUGAGAGGAGGAGAGAUAUGGCUAAGAACUCAUUGGAGAGAUACACGCAUUACUACGAACGGUGGGCAACAAAUCAGUCGUCAAGGCAGAAGGCUCUUGCUGAUCUACAUCAGAUGCAGAGUGUGCAACUUGAAAAGCUUAGUGACAAACAAUCACAGCCUGAGUCGCAGCUCAAGUUCAUCAUAGAGGCCUGGCUACAGAUAGUUGAAUGUAGACGUGUUCUAAAAUGGACAUAUGCUUAUGGAUUCUACUUACCGGAUCAUGAACAUGCGAAGAGGCAAUUUUUUGAAUACUUGCAAGGUGAAGCUGAGGCUGGUCUGGAGAGGCUUCAUCAAUGUGCUGAAAAGGAUCUGCAGAGCUAUCUGAAUGGUGAAGGUGGUCCAUCACCUGAUUUUAAUGAUUUCAGGACAAAGCUUGCAGGAUUAACAAGUGUUACUCGGAAUUACUUUGAGAACCUGGUUAGAGCACUAGAGAAUGGUCUGUCAGAUGUUGAUUCUCAAGGGGCUUGUAGCAGCAAGGCGGCUGGUGGUGCUGUAGCCAGCACAAGCACAAAAAACAAGGGAAAGGGCGGCGGUGGUGGUGGAAGAGGAGGAGGAGGAAAGGGAGGUGGUGGUCCAAAGAGUAGUGGAACCAAUAAUAAUAACACCUCACUAAGUAGUUCAUCCUCAGAUGAUUCUUGGGCCUGUGAUCAAUGUACUUAUAUGAAUGUCAGAAUCUUCACCACAUGUGAGAUGUGCCAUCAUCAUCGCUGAUGAUUAAAAAACAUGCAAAUACGUUUAAUUUUGCAAAAUAGACCCCCACCACCCACCCAACCAACUUUAUUAUGAAGGAAAAAUGAUAGAUGCUUUUGUGGAUGAUGAUGGAGUUGGGAUGACCUGACCUGUGGUGAUGGAGGCUAAAUAGUGGAAGCAGAGGGAAGAGAAAGUUGGGGUGGUGGGGGAAUGGAAUAUGGAUGUGUAAGAAUGGAGUAUGCAUGUGUAGUAGUAGUUGUUGUUGUGUAUAUAUUACUAUAUAGUAUAGAAGAGAAGGAGAUCCAUCUUUUUUUAUUUUUAUUAUUAACAGUUGAUUUGAUUUACUUGUGGGGGUAGUAGUACUCUAGUACCAACAACAAUAACAAAAACCGCCAAGUCAAGUGGCAGUGCAACAAAUGUUAUAUACUAGUUGUUACUAUAUGCCUCUUCUCUUGUGCAAAUACAUUACAAAUGUUUGUUGUAU